AAUUCUUGUUCAUAGUUUCUUAUGUAUUUAAAGUGAUUCAUUCUUUUAGAUUUCGGUACAAAAAAAAUUGUCCAUCUAAUACUAUUGCAUUGGCCGAACUUGUAACUAAUAAAUAAGGAUAACACGUGAAAUCCAUCUAAUAUUUAACUAAGGAAGAUUUAUCAUGCAAGAAUCGAGACCAGAGCUGUAUGAAGAAAUUAAGUUAUAUAGAAAUGCCCGGGAACGUGAAAAGCAUGACAACAUGGCGGAGUUGUAUGCAGUAGUGAGUACACUACAACAUCUUGAGAAGGCUUAUAUGAGGGAUUGCGUCCGAGCACAAGAGUAUACAGCAGCUUGUAGUAGACUUCUUGUUCAAUACCGUGUUGCAUUCAAGCAAGUGCAGGGUGAUGAAUUCCCUACUAUUGAGAGUUUUGUCAGUAAAUUUAGGUUAGACUGCCCUGCUGCUCUUGAGAGGAUUAGAGAAAAUAAACCAAACUUGAUAAAAGAUGAUAAGGGUAAUACUAAUAAAUACAUUGCUGAGAUUGUAUCUCUAUUUAUAACACUCAUGGAUAAGUUACGACUGGAAUUACGAGCUAUGGAUAUGAUUCAGCCAGAGUUAAGAGAACUUAAAGAUGCCAUGGACUGCCUGACUAUGCUUCCUGAGGACUUUAUUGGAAAAAUAAAGGUACAAGAAUGGCUAGAAAUGCUAUCUGCAAUGUCAGCAUCUGAUGAACUAUCUGAGGCUCAGGCGAGGCAACUUGUGUUUGAUCUUGAAACAUCGUUAGGAGCCUUUAAUAAAACACUGCAUUAAUUAAGUAAGGAUGACCUGUAUGAUAAUUACUUAUUUAAAAAAAAAUAUGAUAGGUUAUAAAAUAUAUAUAAUCUGUCAUUUUUAACUAAAAGAAAAUCACAACCUUACCAGAAAACGUUGAGCACAUUACCAAUUGAUCACAAGAAACAUGACAAAAUAUCAUUCUUCUUUCCUGUAAGCUCAUUCAAGGCCCUCUAUUAAUGAAUUCAGACUUAGGGUAGAAGCACAGUUCUUAUAGGACGUUUUUAUGGUGUAUAUUACGAGAGCAACGGAGAUGAAGAACGACACCAGCGCCGCCAACUAGAAACUAAACUGGGGCCAGACCUCACUUGGAAUCGGCACAUGAAAUCCUUAUGGUCUGCGCUUCUAUCCUACAUCUGAAUUCAUUGCCUAUAGUUAUUAAUUGAAUAUUUUCUGUUAUGAGAUUACACUAUAGUUAAAAUUAUAUUGAUAUGAAUUUUAGCCUAGAAUUUUAUUGUAUUUAUAUUUUCUAAUGUUUUAAAUUAAUUCUGUAUUAUUAAAUUUUGGAUUUGUGUGACGACUUACAUCCUUAAUUUAUAUUUGUCUGUCAGUUUUCUAUUCAUUAGAAUAUUGUAAAAUGUUA